GAAAGAGUCAGAUGAGUUGAUCACCAUAAGCGCCAGAUUUAUAUUACUCUCCUUUUUGGCUUUUUCAUUCUUUAAUUUUCAUAAUAUUAUUCAAAUUGUGAUGCAUCACGUAUAUGUGAAUUUGGAGGAUAAGUUUAACUGAUCAUGGAGCCACCUGUAGCAGCAGAAGUAGAAACCAAAGCUGAGAAAACCAACGAAACAGAACAAGCGAAAAGCUAUGAUUGUGGACUUUACGACACUGAAGUUGUCUACAGGAUCGCCCAAGAACUCCUUCCAGGAUUAGCCGAAGCAUGCGUUGACAACACGACGGGUGGCAUCUUCACAAGUGCUGGCUCCAUAGCUGUUGAUAUGAGAAAAGAAAUGACUGAUUAUCUAACACAAAGAAGCGAGACGUACGUGGCUGAAUUCUUACUAUCCGAAAACGCCUCAAUGUCAGAAGUAUCUGUACACCCUUACGACAUAAUCCUAACUCUCAUUGAUGAUUUCUCAUCCACCAAACGGAAUAUGUUCAGUCGGGUUUCUGAGUGGGUUGCAAGUGACGGAAGAGAUGAUAGAAUCGAUGAUUUCGUACAAGAAAUGGAAAUCAACGGUUUUUGGUUAUUAGCUCGAAGAGAAUACGUUGCGUCAAUGCUGCUAAAGAAUGUGGAUUACAAGAAUGCAUUUCAUUGUGAUAAGGUAUGCAGUAAUGAAGAAGAACUUGUUAAGCAUAGGUCAGAAUGCAAAUUUAGGCCUAUGGAUUGCACGAACGAGGGAUGUACGACUCGAUAUUGUGCAGCGCAGAAAGACCAUCAUGAAGCGGUGUGUCCUUUUUUGAUAAACCCGUGUGAACAAAAAUGUUCGGAUAAUGUUAUGAGGCGCGAAAUGGAUAGGCAUUGUGUAACGGUUUGUCCGAUGAAGCUUGUACAUUGUGCGUUUUAUACGGUGGGAUGCCAGUCUAGUAUACCUCGGUGCGAUGUUCAACAACAUAAUGCUGAUAAUCUUUCGUCGCAUUUACUGUUUAUUAUCAGAAGCGCACAUAAAGACGCAAGUGACGAAGAUCUUAAACGAAGGGUGGAACAAAUCCUAAGUCAAUCAAAUGCCGAAAAGCUGGCAAGAGCACGGGAUACAAGAGCGUUGACGUAUUUGAUCAAGGACGUUGAAGCAAAACUUGGACCGCUAGAUGUCAUAACCAAGCCGCAUGCUGCUGAGUCACCUAGCGUUGAAAACAGCAAAAACAAGGAAUCACUCACAAAAACCGAGCCACCAGUAGUCAAAGACGGGGCUGACCCGCCCAAGAAAAAGGAAGAAAACCCGGGAUCACAAUCAGCCAGAUCAUCAACUGAAAAACCUGUCAUAACAAAAGAUGACACCAAACAAGUGCAACCAGAAGCACCAACAUCUGCUGACACACCAGUCAAAGUAGAGGAAAACAAAGCUAAAGACGAGUCGUCUACUUCAGUUUCACCAAUGGAAGAAAAACAUGAACAUAGUGAAUCAUCAUUGAAGAAGGAAGAAUUCAAAGAUGAAGACAGUAACAAAGUAGCAGCCAAAGAAGAGACAACAAAAGUCAAAGAGGAAUUGUCAAACAAGGAUGAGAAAGAGACAAAGAAAUCAGUUGAAGAAGAAAAAACCAAACAGUUAUCCAGUAGUGAUAAAGAAGAUACUAUGAAAACACCUCAAAAAGAUAAGGAUUCAUCCAUAAAUGAUAAAGAAGAAGAGUCAACAAAGUCGACCGAAAAGAAAUGAUCAUAUUUUUUUUAACUGGAAUCUUACCAUCCACUUUUAUUGCCAUAAAAGAUUUGCAUAUGCAUAACAGAAGCUAUAUAUCCUUAUGAGUUUAUGAAUUAUGCAUGCAUGUUUUGUUGUUAAGAUCUUGAGUCAUUUAGGAAUAGAGUAUGUAGUCAUGUGCAAAAAUAAGUUACAA